AUGAACGACUUGUUGCCGUCCUCGGACGAUGAGCAGACAGGGGACGUGCCAGAAGCUGGACCGUCGAGGUCGCCCUCGCCCUCGCCUGCGCGUCCGCCAUCUGCGUCUAGGAGGAAGUCGUCGCCUGCCAAGAGGGCCAAGGGCCCGACACAGCUUGCAACGCAUCUGCCGAUUGCUACCGGCGAGGCUCUGGAGACGUUUGAGAGCCUCAAGGUCAACUCGCACCAGAACAACAAAGUUGGCAAGAGCAAAGGGCGGGAACGAGAUGUCAUGGUCUGCGAGUGCCAGUACCGCCAUGGCAUCGAUGACCUCUCGAGUGCCUGCUCCGAUGAUGGGACCUGCAUAAAUCGGCUCACACAAAUCGAGUGCAUGGCCUCGGAAUGCAAUUGCGGCCACUACUGUCAAAAUAGGAGGUUUCAAAAGGCACAAUAUGCUCCCCUCGAAGUGGUGGCGACCGAGAAGAAGGGAUUCGGGUUGCGAGCGUCGAAGGCAUUACCAGCAGACACGUUCGUGUAUGAGUACCUGGGUGAGGUCGUCGAGGAAAAAGAAAUGAACCGGCGGAUGCAGCAGUACAAAGACGAGGGGAUACGACACUUCUACUUUAUGAUGCUGCAACGAGAGGAGUACAUUGAUGCGACAAAAAGAGGCGGUCUCGGUCGCUUCAUCAACCACAGCUGCAACCCGAAUUGCCAGGUAGCCAAGUGGACAGUCGGCAAGUAUAUGCGGAUGGGUAUCUUUACCAAGCGCGACGUCGAAGAGGGAGAGGAGCUCAGCUUCAACUACAAUGUCGACCGGUACGGCAACGAGGCGCAGCCAUGCUACUGCGGCGAGCCCAACUGCAUUGGUGUUCUUGGCGGCAAGACGCAGACCGACAUCGGCGGUAUGGAUCAGCUCUUCAUCGAGGCGCUUGGCAUCUCAGACGAGGUGGAUCGUUUGGAAGCCAGGGGAUCGCGGCGUAAGAAGAGCAGACAUCUCGACGAGGACUAUAACCCUACUCUGAGACCGAUUGAGGAUGAGGAAGUUGGAAAGGUGGUUACAGCGAUGCGUCAAGCGACCUCAUUGCGGCACAUCCUCCAGAAGCUCCUCAGCCGUGUCCACAUGACGCAGGACGUCGAGGUACAGCGACGACUGGUACGGCUCCACGGCUUUGUGCUGAUGGCUGCGCUCAUUGACGAAUGGAUCGACGAUCGAGAGAUAGUCUUGCUGGCCCUGGGCAGCCUUGCCAGGUGGCCGCUGAUUGCUAGGAACAAGGUCGUGGACUCGGGCGUCGAUCAAUUGGUGACAAAGUUGGCCGAAAAUGGCGAAGACGAAGAGCUGAGCAACCUAGCCAAGGAUCUGCUCAGUGCUUGGGAAGCACUAGAGAUGCAGUACCGAAUCGCUCGCAAGGAUGACCAGCAACAUCAACAACACCAGGAGGGCCAGAACAACGGCCACCAGUCUUCUUCCUGGCUCGAACCGAGACGCUAUGGGGACGAUGAGGGCGAUGAGAGUAACAGCGGUGCAGCGGCCGUGACACUCGAGACGGCAAAGGCGCCCAACUGGAUCUCGGGCAAGCUGCAGAGUGUGGUGCCACGGCCGCUUUUCGCUGCAUCCGACUCGCCCUCGACUCCUCAGACGCCUGAUGGACAUUCUCGACAUCUUCAUCACAAUUAUCCACCACACCAACAUUCUCAUCCGCAUCCUCAUCACCAUUCGUCGUCGACCAAGGUCCAUUGGCAAACUUCCUUGACAAAGGCAUCGCCCGCGCUCUCCGUCGCUGCUGUUGCGCCUGCAAAGAAAAAGGUCGACAUCGAAGAGAUCAUUCGACAGGCUAACGAAUCGCAGGCGGAGCAGCGGCGCCUUGCCGAACAGAAGGCUCGAGAAGCGGCAGAGGAAGAGGCCGAACGGAGAAAGAAGGAGAAGGCUAUCUCUAUCUCGGCAGUCACAAGCCGAAAAAGCAGCAGCAAUCCAAAGAGCAGCAGCAACGGCAAUAGUCAUCAUCACAAGAGUGGCAGCAGCAGUAGUGGUAAACGGCAGCAUUCGCAGACGCGUCCGCGUUCAUCAGAGGGCGUCGAGGGACCGCAAAAGAAGAAGAAGGCCAGCGACCAAGACACCUCGUCUUCUUCACCGACGGUCGAGAAGAGGUUGAGGAAGCUCAUGGGCGAGAUCGUCGUCAAGGUCAUGUCGCGCUAUUCUGCGGAGCUCGACCGGGACGUUUUCAAGAAGCACGCGAGAGAGCUGACAAACCUUGUGUGCGAGAAGGAGCUCCGAGCGAGAGCCGCUUCCUCCUCAGCCUCUGUCCUGGACGACGAAACUCUUUUCAAGGAAGGCCUGCCAAACGAGAAAAAGUACAAGGUCAAGGUGUUCGCGGAUGACUACGCCAAGAAGCUCGUGCAGAGAAAGGGAAGGCACGCGUCUGCUUCUGGAUCUUCUUCGAUGCAGGCAGACGACUCUGUUGCUGCUGCCCAGGCACAUUCUUCUACUUCUUCCCCCUCGUCAGCUUCGUUGGCUGCUACAGCGAGCACGACGGCAACGACGGCCUCUACCUCCGCCACUUCGAAGGAGUCGAAUGGGAUGCGCGUUGUCGAAAUGGCUAGCAGCGACAUGGACCUUGCGAGUUCCGGUACUACUGAACAAUAG